ACUAUCAUAUCUGCAGAGUUUCUCUUUCAGUUAGGAAGCGGAAGGGAAGGAAAGCUCGAGAGAGUGGGCCGAUCCGAACGAAGACACUUCACAACGAACAGUCGGACUUCUCAGAAAGUUACCCAGAAAGUGCUGUGGACACUAACAACAUUAUACAGACAUGGUGAUUGGCAGCUUGGGUCAAAACUGCCCUGACAUGCCUGGUGGAGAGCAAGGCAGCACGGCCGGCCUUCCUCCGCAGCGCGAAGAAGAGCAAUGGGAUCUGGGGGAACAGAAGAAGCCCCUGAGGAUCAUGCUUCUUGGGAAGAGUGGGGUAGGCAAGAGCUCGAGUGGGAACACCAUCCUCGGGCGGACGGUGUUUGUAUCAGACAUGAAGCUGAAGAGAGUCACCAGAUACUGUGAAAAAGAGAAUGGGACGGUGAAGGAUGUGCCCGUCACUGUGAUCGACACACCGGGCCUUUUUGAGACCAUAGCAACCAAGGAGGUCAUUGUGCGAGAUAUUCUUAAGUGUGUCAAACUCCAGGAACCGGGCCCUCACGUCUUUGUGCUCGUAGUCCCCGUAGGCCGGAUGACUCAGGAAGACCAAGAUACCAACACACUGAUCGAAGCAAUGUUUGGCCCGAGGGUGUGGGACUACACUAUUGUGCUGUUCACGCAUGGGGAUCGCUUGGGUAGGAAAACCAUCAACGAUGUCAUCACGGAGAGUGAGGACGACCUCCGCAACUUCAUACGCAAGUGCAGCGGCGGCUUCCACGUCUUCGACAACAAGAACCCAGAGGACCAGGAGCAGGUGACGAGCUUCGUGGCCAAAAUCCAGACCCUGUUGGCCCUGAAUGGAGGGGGUCAUUACAGUACGAAGAUGUAUCCCAAACAGGAGAGGAAGAUUAGGGAACAACAGGAGAACUUACUGACGGAGAGAAAUAAUGAGAUCAGCCGCAAGGAGAAACAGCUGGAGGAGCAUUUCCAGGGGCAAGACCUGGAGGCGAAGAAGCGGGACCUGUGGAGAAAAGAGGAGGACAAAGCGAGAGCAGAGGCAGAGAAAUACAUCCGCAAUGCCUUAGUUUGGAAAUGCAUCACCUUCCUGGCAGUGAUAGGACUGUUAUUAGGUCUGGCUCUUCAGGCACCAAUUGUGUGGGUUCUGGCAGGGAUUAUGAUUGUCAUUUUGAUUUUUUUUAAGGAGUCCAUUCUUCGUCUGUCUAUGUCUGGAAAAAUACCGUGGCUCUCUAAGAAAAUCCAAUAGGUGUGCUUUGAGAUAGGGAAGCGUUGUUAGCAAUCAGUCAUCUAUUACUCACAACUGUAAAAGAUGUUCAACUGAUGAGAUGGAUUUUAUUUUAGAGAAUUUUUUUUUUUUUAAAGGUGCCCUGCCACACAAAACCGUUUUACCUGCAUUUUUUGAAAUCUGUUCGGUACACAUGUGUCUGUGUUAUGUUGUGAAUGUGAAAAUGAACUGCUACCUCCUCUGUCAGCUCUUACCACGGAAAUGAAAUAAGAGAAGAAAUCAGGCCAAAUACAAAAGCUGGUCAGUCUGACGUCAUGCUGCCUGUGCUCAUUACUUUUCAUGAGCUCGCCCAGUUGCGCUGGGUAAAGUAUACUGAUGGCAAGGAUCUCAUUGGUUAGCUGUUAGCCAAUCAGAGUCAAGCAGCUUAGCUCA